AUGCGGGCGCCGUGGGCUGCGGGGCCACCGCCCGCCGCAGAGGCCGCGCAGGCGCCGACGCGGGCGCCGUGGGCGGCGGCGGCGGCGGCCGCCGAGCGGUCGCCCGCCGCGGGGACCGAGGGCGCUUCGGCGGCCUGCGCCGAGGGCGGGGGCUCUGCCGCGUCGGCGCCACGGAAGAGGAUCCACUCGCAGCAGGACUUCGACGUCUUCCAGCGCUCCAGGCUCUGCGAGCAGCUCGUCUCCUUCGCGCAGGAGCUGAGCGAGGCGGUGAAGGGCCUGCCGAGGGGCCCGGAGCGCGCGGCGGGCGCCGCGCCCCUGGCGUGCGGCCUGCGGCAGCUGCUGGGCGAGCUGGAGGGGUGGAUCGGGGACUUCCCACCCCUGGCGCAGCCCAUGCGCUUCGGCAACAAGGCCUUCCGCCAGUGGCACGCCCGCCUGGUGGAGAGGGGUGCUGGGCUGCUGGCCGAGGCCCUGGGGCGCGCGGCGCUGCCGCGGGAGCGGGCGGACGCGCUGGGCGAGGAGCUGUCGCACUAUCGUGCUUCGCGGAGCGUUCUGGGCUCCAACGUAUUCUUCGCGCGCCCUCCUCGCCCAGCGCCGCCGAGGCGGGUACCCAGCCACGGGUACGCUGGCAGCGCGCAGGGCGGUGGCAGGACAGGUGGCAGGAAUGUGGCAGGUCGGGGGUUAUGGGACCCGGGCUUGCGUUCAGGAUCCUGUAGGAUCCUGCGAACUUCGGCCACGCGCAGAGGGGGGUAG